AACGUCAAAAUUCAACGGUGUUCGCACUUUGUAAUGCGAUGUGUUUAUUUUUGUUUUUGAGGGAAUGAAAGUUUAGAAAACUGUGAAUUUAAAAUCAUAUUGACUGAAAACAUUAAACAACUAAAAAUAAUCAUGGAGACAACACUUAAAGACUUGCUACAAGAGUUCCAGCAGCUAAUCUCCAAGAUGCCUAUGGAGGUGUGUUGCGUGACCGUGCUAGCUGAACUAGGGCUGCAGUGGAAGGCCGUGACCCAGGCGGUACGCAACGCCCGGCUGCCGAUGACGUCGGCCAGUGUGGCCAAGAUACUGACCAGGCACGUGUCGAGGAGCCUUGAGGCUGAGGAGCUGAGUGAGAUUGUGGCUCAGUUGAGGAUUAAAUUGAUAGCGACCUCAUCAUCCUGCACAUGGCACGCCAUCACCCUGUCAGAGCCGGUGAGCGAGGAGGAGCCAGUAGCAGAGUGGUGCCGGCUCGUGGGCCACCGUGCUCAGCUCGCGGCUAGGCGGACCGUGAAGAAGAUUAACACAAGGGUUGAGGUCCACACGGCCAAGUUCAACGACUUCCUGUUCCUGUCCCUCCGCUCAGUAUCGGCGGGGCGCGCGGGGCGCGGGGGGGCGGCGCGGGGCGCGCUGUGCGUGUGCGCGGCGCCGGCGCAGCCCGUCGCGUUCGUGACCACCCUGGCGAGCCGGGCGCUGCUGCAGGCUGCUGUGGAAGGCCUCGGCUACAGAAAAUACACGAACGCCGACCUAAACGGGCGCGACCUGCAGUCCCUACUCCGAAUCGUCGACCGCACAUGGAACACGCAGCCGCAACAACUGACCGAAAUGCCGGAGUACGACCCCCAACCAGUCGUCACCGAAAACGGCAUAGACUUCACUAACAGGGCUUACAACGCACAAUACGUUGAGAGCAUCAUAGGGGCGGAUCCACCAUUGUUAAACAGCCUAGAGAUUAAAUCUGAGAGGCCCUACGCUCACCCGUCAAGGUUAAAAAAGAAUAUAGCUAUAGGAUUCUCUCUGAAGACUGAAAAUUUGGCAGAGACCUUGAAACAUUGGGUGGGGGUGAUGGCUAUACCGCCUACAUCUGAUUUUGUGAAGAUAUUUCAUGAGUUGAAGUCGAAUAGGAUUACGUAUCAUAGGGAUGAUAUGGAAGAUUGAUGAAGGAUGAUUGUUGUUUUUAAAGACUAACGAGGGAGGGUUUAAAGGUAAGCGUGCGACUAUCGGUAUCGUAGGUAUGGAACCAAAUGGAUUGUCAUAAAUGUAUGGAGAAACGGCGUCGGCAAUGCCGAUGAAGUGGACGCACUUGUGUGAAUUUCUACACAAAGAAU